UGUCUGAUGUUUGGUAAUACUACUAUCAGAAAACGUUUCUACAAGACAAAUUGUUUCAAAUUUCUAAAGGACAGUGCAAAUAAUUUUCAUUAGUGAGUUUUAUCAACAACACUAUGUAAAACUGCUUUGUCAAGCAGUUACAGAUAACAGUUUUCCUGUUUUACAUAUUCGCAGGGAUGUCUUCAAAUAAUCGCUCUUCAUCAGUGAGAAGUUCUGCACAGUUUACUCGUCACGUCUCUGCAAAUCACUCAAGUCGGCCAAACCACCAGUCACGCUGGCCAGUGAGUCACGUCUCUUAUCCCAAGGACUUCAGGCAAUACGAACCAUGCUACAGUGCUGGAGAUUGCCCACCAAUACCUAUCACAGGAAAUAACAUCCCCCAAAAGGACUCUGGAUAUUUAUCUCACCAGAGUUACCCAAAGCCAGGUCACGGACCAGGGUCCCAGCUCAGCCCCAAUACUCAAGGACACACAGUGUACUCAGGAGAUCCUGUCGCAGGAGGUGGCAUACAGGAGAGACGUCAAGUAUCACCACCCUUACAUAUUAACGUGUGUGGCCAGGAGAGUCCUCUGCGAGGAGCAUCCCUGCUGAAUCUUAGCCCCACUAACAUUGGGAGUGGCACCAUGGAUGGACUUCCUCACUCUGGGGGUAUUGGCUUGGAGUUCUCCCCACAUCGAAACACGGGAGAGCUGCGAUUGAGUCCAGUACAAAUCCAACAUUCUCCAAGUUUUUACCAUGCGUCCAGCCAAGAUGACAGUGGGAAGAGUGAGAGUCCGUCUCGCAAGCGGCGGCGAGUAUCGCGGGGAGGCCACCACCAAAUCUUGGAACUGUCUGCUCCAAAUACUACGCCACCCCCACACCCACGUAGUCCUUGGGACCAUGCAGUGACCAGUCACAGACGAUCGCCUCGGCACCAGCCUUCCAACCGGAACAGAGGGAGCCCUCCAUUAAGGCGAACACGAUACCAUGAGUGUGGCCCACUUUGGAAUCAGGACGGGUAUGCUCUGAACCAUUCUCACCACCCAGCACCGACCGCGGUGAUGAUGGAUAUGAACCAGGUGCCUGUGUCCAUUCCAGUCCCACUUCCUCAUCAUCACCGUCAUACUCUGCCGCUGUAUUCAGGACCACCACCUCCUCCUCCUCACUUGUCUGGAGUGUGUUCUGCUGGCACCAGCGGUGCCUGCCAGCUACACGGACUCUAUGCCUGCCCACAGUUUCCACCUACCUGCCAAGUUCAUCAGUUUGGGAACUGUAUGCCGCCGCAGCAGCAUCAUCAUCACCACCACCACCAUCAUCAGUCCUACCCAGCGUUCCUAACACAGCCACAACCUGGUACUUAUCCUCCACAGCACAACCCUCUACCAGUGCCACCGGGAGUCCACACCACACACUAUGCACAUCCACAUCAGCAUUUGCAACCUCAGAGACCAGAUGGUGUGGACAUGGAACUUCUGACUGAGCAGCAUCGCAGUAAUGCACCUGCAUUCCACCAUCACCAUCACCCCACUGCUCACCCCUCAUUACAUCCCAGUCCUCACCCCUCAAUGCACCACCAUCCCCACCCCCAUCCUUCUGCAGCUGCAUUGGCUCAAGUAUCACCACCACCCCCAAUAUUCCUCUCGGAGGCACGAGGUAGUCAGCUGGACCAUAUACCAUCAUGCACCAGGCAUCCGAGCUCACAGAGUAGGCGUGUUAGUACACAUCAGUGGCGUGGAAAUACCCUUCCACCUGGUCCAGCUGUAUAUUCAGGACUGCUUCUGCGUGUCUUGUAA